GAAGGUUCUCUUCAACGUGGCAUGUCGCAGGCUGCGCCUGGCCUUUCAGAUUGCCAUGGGGCACUUCCAGUCUCUACUCAACCCACCCAAGGGGGUCUGGCAGCAGGAACUCUCACCUAGGCGUGCCUUUGCUCGUAACUGGACUCAAAGCCAGUGA